AUGUCUUUGGGGACGAGGCGCCGCCGCGGCGAGGUGCAGCUGGUGCACAAGAUCGGCCACACGCUGCGCCAAAUGCGGGCCCUGCAGAAGGAGCAGCAAUCGGUCCAGCAGAUAGUCAACGCCACGGUGCCCGGCGGCGGCGGCAAGACGGCGCUCAUGCUCGCCGCCUGGCGCGGCCACACCACCCUCGUCAUGCUGCUCAUCGCCAGAGGGGUGGCAAUCGAAGCCCGCAACACGGCGGGCCGCACUGCCCUCUGGUGGGCUCUGGAUGCGGGUCACGCCACCACAGCACGCCUGCUGCAGACGUGCGACGCCUCGGUCGACGUGCAGGACACCAGACAGGUGUCGUGCAUCAUGGCGGCGUACCGCCGCGGCAACGUGGAGCUGGUGCGCUGGCUGUUGGGGUGUGUGUCGCAGCUGCCGUCUGACGCCGAGCUGAAGCAGUGCCUCCGGUCCCGCUCGAAGAAGUGCCUGUACUUCAUCCGAGCCGAGAGGAAGCAGCGGGGGUACUGA